UUUUACAUGAUUUAUAAUAAUUUUGAUAAUUUUUUAAAAUUUUUAGGUCUACCAUCAUUAUGGUAAGAAAUUUUAAACGGAAGUCAGAGCGGGGCAAAGACACAGACCUUAUACGGCGUGCCGUCAGAUCAGUUUUACAUGAUCAAUUGCCUGUCCGUGCCGUUGCUAAAGAAUUUGGAGUGUCAUAUAGCACCCUACAAAGACAUGUCAACAAAAUUAAAGCAGAUGCAGAUAAUCAACUCGGAAAUCGGAUGGACAUUGUAAGAAAUGUUUCUACGGCCAAGAUCGGUUACCAAAAAAAUCGACAAGUGUUUACAGAUGAGCAAGAACACCAGCUAGUUCAGUACAUUAUUCGGGCUUCGUCCAUGUAUUUUGGCAUGACCCCUGAUGACAUAAGAUCCUUUGCAUGUGAGAUUGCAACAGCUCAUGAUAUUGCCGUUCCUGAAA